CAGGAGCGACAGUAGGCUCGUUUCAGAAACCCAACUGCACAGGGAGACAUGUAUGGAACAUGAUUGGAUAACGCUAACAAAAACAGAUUCUGAUUGGCUCUGCGCUCGAAGAUCUCCCAAAUUACAUUGGCCGUAGUCUUCCUCUCAUCCAAUCAAAUGUUCGUUCAGUGUCUCGUAAGCGUCCGAUCUUUAGCACAUAAUACAUGCGUGUCCCACACACGCUCACAAAACAGUGGAGGGAAAAAAAAUGGCAGCUGGCGAUUAGGAAAAGAAAAAAAAGUGCUUACAUUUUCCUCGAUUUUUCCCAAUAAAGGCGUAACCGAUAAAAAGGCCAGAAGCAGAAGCGAAAGACAAAGAAGCAGCUUUGCGGGUUCCAAGUGGCCCCCAUAUCAAGUGUUGCCAUUGGACACCAGGCAGGCAUCAUGGGGAAAACACAAAUAAAAGAGCAAAGGGAUGGCAAAAAAGAGAAACAAACAGCGGGUACAACAGAGGUAACCAAAGAGUCUUUUGCCUGGGAAGAAUAUCUAAAAGAAACGUCCUCGUUGCCAGCGCCACCGAGUUGUUUCCGUCAGGCUCACGUCCCACCGUCCAACGACUUCAAGGUUGGCAUGAAGCUGGAGGCCCACGACCCCCGCAAUGCCACGUCGGUGUGCAUCGCCACGGUCAUGGGCCUGACUGGGGUGCGCCUGCGGCUACGCCUGGACGGCAGCGACAACAGCAACGACUUUUGGAGGCUGGUGGACUCCUCCGACAUCCAGCCCAUCGGCACUUGCGAGAAGAACGGAGAUAUGCUACAGCCCCCUCUGGGAUUUCGCAUGAAUGCCUCCUCGUGGCCGAUGUUCCUGCUGAAAACCUUGAAUGGAGCGGAGAUGGCUCCCGCGGCGGCCUUCAAGAAGGAGCCUCAGAGGCCCCCCCAGAACAGCUUCAAAGCCGGCAUGAAGCUGGAGGCGGUGGACAAGAAGAACCCCCACCUCAUCUGCCCGGCCACCAUCGGCGAGGUGAUGGGCGAUGAGGUCUUCGUCACGUUCGACGGCUGGAGAGGCGCCUUUGACUACUGGUGCAAGUACGACUCGCGGGACAUCUUCACUGUGGGCUGGUGCUCGUUGACCAAACACAGCCUGCAGCCGCCCGGCAACAGCGUCACCUUGACGAAGAACCCGCCCACCCUGACGUCGUCGCCUUCCAAGCCCACCAGGCGCUCCCUGCAAGCCCCCUACAGACUCCCCAACCCGCUGCCCCGGCUGCCUGUCAGGAAGGGGGUACGCGGUCGCCGACCAAAGAGCGAGACCCUCGCCCUCCUCAAAGCCGUAGCCGAAGCCGCCGCCCGGAACGGCAGCGGCGCCAUUCGCGACGUCCAGCUCACGCCUCGGCCGCACAAGAAAAGAGGCCCGAAACCCGGAAGCAGGCGAAAAUCCAAGAUUCUCCAAAGCUUGUCGCAUUCCGGUGCGCCCGCCAUCCAGGUUCAACGCGGCAGCCCCGCCAGCUUGCCUACAGUGGUGUCAACAGCGUGUGUGUAUGUCAACAAACAUGCAAACUGUGGCCCACACUUGGACCGCAAGCAGAUGCAGCAACUGCCGGACCACUUCGGCCCGGCACCGGUCAACUCGGUGCUCCAGCAGGUGGUCCAGUCCUGUUUAGACUGUGCGUACCAGCCCAAAGUGUUGCUCAGCGCUCUACAGACGCACUCGGGAGGUGGAAAGGUGGUCAGAGUGAGAACGGACGGGGGGGUCCGCGUGGUCAAGUUGCCGUCGGCCUCCAGCACCGCCUUUGUGCUGCGCUUCUUGGAAACGGUAUGCCGCCACCUGCAGUGCGACAACCUGUUCAGCAGCCAGCCAUUCAGCCACUACGCCGCUUCUUUCGAUCGGACCAAGUCAGUCAAAGAGGAGGCGCUGGACUCACCCUCGCUGACCCGAGCGGGCAAGCGAAGCCUGGCCGGGGUUUCGCCUCCGUACGCCGCGCCCCUGUCGCCCAAACAUGUACGCGCAGACGUCCACCCUUCGGAAGCCGAGACACUGCCGCACGAAGAAAACGUCCUGAUGAAGGAGCAGCGCUACAUGGGGUCCGCUUCCAACUCCGCGACGCCUCGGCCGUUGAUGGCACGUAGUCGUUCCGAGUACGGCUACUCGCCUUCCGGAGCCACCCCCGUCCCGCGCCGAGUCGCCUCCAAUCCCGCCGAGUUGGUGUCGGCACAGAUGCUCCGGCGCGUUGAAGCUAGCUCCACCACUGGCCCAGAGAGCAGCGCCACGGAGAGGGAAGGGCGGCAGACGCCCACCAAAAACCCGGCGUCCUGGUCCAUAGACGAGGUCAUGCAGUUUGUGAGGGAUGCCGACCCUGCGACGUUGGCGCCGCAUGCAGAAUUAUUCCGGAAACACGAGAUCGACGGCAAAGCGCUCAUGCUGCUGCGGAGCGACAUGAUCAUGAAGUACAUGGGCCUCAAGUUGGGGCCCGCCCUUAAGCUGUGCCACCACAUUGAGAGGCUCAAGCAGGGCAAAGUGUGACCCACAACCAGGUCAUGUGACUGACAUCAAGCGCAACAAGAGGAUCUCCAGCCUCCUCCAUAGCGUUCUUAUGACUUUUUCUAUUAUCCGCGGUCCUCCACAGAGAAUGAAAUAUGUCUCCCGAUGCGUUCCGUUACGUGGACGCACACCUUUGUCUAGUUGAACAACGUACGGGCAAGGGAUGGGCACCAUCAUCAACUAAAGUGAACCCCUGUUGUUGGUGGGGAGUCGGAACCCAGCCGCGCAAGUAGAGAAUAUCUGCAACUCAUUGACCCUUCUAUCUAAAAAAAAAAAAAAAAAAAAGGUUGUAAUUGCCACAA